AAGGUGGAGCCUACCUCGCAUCAGGACCAGUCUGGCUGCACCUGCAUCCUUAGCUCAGAGCAUCCCUGGAGCAUCUUAAGAAACGAACGCAGCUGGCAAUCAGGGACCAGACCGUCGCAGUCGGAUAUCUUCUCCCUUCCCUGACCUGGCGCCCUACAGAGGGGGAUCCUAGUAUUGAACAGGGAGGGGGUCCCAGAGUCUUCUGACCAUUGCAAAAGCGUUAAUAGCAAAUAGCCUCUGAUUACGACAUGGCUGAGAUCACCAAUAUCCGACCUAGCUUUGAUGUGUCACCGGUGGUGGCUGGCCUCAUCGGAGCCUCCGUGCUGGUGGUGUGCGUGUCAGUGACUGUCUUCGUGUGGACCUGUUGCCACCAGCAGGCAGAGAGGAAACACAAAACCCCACCAUACAAGUUCAUCCACAUGCUCAAAGGCAUCAGCAUCUACCCAGAAACCCUCAGCAAUAAGAAGAAGAUCAUCAAAGUGCGGAGAGACAAAGACGGACCUGGGAGGGAAGGGGGACGAGGGAAGGUGUCAGUGGAUGCGGCAGAGGCUGGCCUGCUGGGCCAGGACAAGAACCCUAGGGGCUCCAGCUCUGGAGCCCGCAUGGACCAGCUCCCCAUCAAAGUGGAUUAUGGGGAGGAACUGAGGAGCCCUGUGGCCAGCCUGACCCCUGGGGAGAGUAAGUCCACCUCUCCAUCCUCACCCGAGGAGGAGGUACUGCUGGGCUCACUUAUCUUCUCAGUGGACUACAACUUCCCCAAGAAAGCCCUGGUGGUGACCAUCCAGGAGGCCCACGGGCUGCCGGUGAUGGAUGACCAGACCCAGGGUUCCGACCCCUACAUCAAAAUGACCAUCCUGCCAGACAAACGGCACCGUGUGAAGACCCGUGUGCUGCGAAAAACCCUGGACCCCGUGUUCGAUGAGACCUUCACCUUCUAUGGCAUCCCCUACAGCCAGCUGCAGGACCUGGUGCUGCACUUCCUUGUGCUCAGCUUUGAUCGCUUCUCCCGAGAUGACGUCAUAGGAGAGGUCAUGGUGCCCCUGGCAGGGGUUGACCCCAGCACAGGCAAGGUGCAGCUGACCAGAGACAUCAUCAAGAGGAACAUCCAGAAGUGCAUUAGCAGAGGGGAGCUCCAGGUGUCUCUGUCCUAUCAGCCGGUGGCCCAGAGAAUGACAGUGGUGGUUCUCAAAGCCAGACACUUGCCGAAGAUGGAUAUCACCGGUCUCUCAGGUAAUCCUUAUGUCAAGGUGAACGUCUACUAUGGCAGAAAGCGUAUCGCCAAGAAGAAAACCCAUGUGAAGAAGUGCACUUUGAACCCAGUCUUCAAUGAGUCUUUCAUCUAUGACAUCCCCACUGACCUCCUGCCUGACAUCAGCAUCGAGUUCCUGGUCAUCGACUUUGACCGCACCACCAAGAAUGAGGUGGUGGGCCGGCUGAUCCUGGGAGCACACAGCGUCACGGCUAGCGGUGCUGAGCACUGGAGGGAGGUCUGCGACAGCCCCCGAAAGGCUGUAACCAAGUGGCACAGCCUGAGCGAGUACUAACCUGCCCCCUGGCCUCUCACCUAGGGCUGGUGGGUAUGGACUACAAACCUCACUUUAGCUGUAGGAGAAAAUUUCUUACCAGAUGAGACCCACCCAGAACACCCCACACAACUGCGCUUCGGUUCUUAGCGAUGAUGGUUUCCUUCCUCUGCAAGGCACUAGAGAUUCUUUCCUUUUUUUUUAAUGGGGGAAAAAAAGAGGGAGGGAGAGCAGGGAAAAACCUCUCUCCUAGUCUAUAUAUAACAAUGUAACCUUGUUGCAUGUCUAAUACAAACUGAAGCAAUUAGCCUAACUGCCAAUAUCAACCUACAGAGUUUAAUCCAUGAAACAAAAAUCGUGUUUUGCGCCGAAUUGUCUGCUGGUGACCUGGAAUCGGCCUCUUCUUUCCUUUUUUUUUUAAUUUUCUUUUUUUAUUGGGCUUCUCUGGAGAGUGACUCCCCUCCCCACCCCUUGCAGAAGAAUAUUUUGCUCUUGUAAAACCUCCUGUUUUUGUCACACACCCUGCCAUUUUCCCUCCCUCUUAUCUCUCACAUUUCUGUCCUUUGGCAGAGCUUGGGGGCCCUAAGGCAGAGAACAAAGAUGGCAUCCAUGGAUCAGGAUGUGGGGUGUGCUGGCUAGUUAAAAGGGGAGGGACAGCCUGUAGUGGGUGUGGGCCAAAGCUCACACUCACCACAGAUAUGCUCUGUGGUGUUCAGGUGACAUUUUUAGGUGACUUCUCUAAACAAGAGAGAGCUCUAGCGACUUGGAAUUCAGUUGCAAGGAUGACAUCCAGCUGACUCCAAAUCCUCUUUGUGGGUCUGAGGGCAAGAAGAGCAGAAAGAGCUUGUCUGGUGGGUUAGAAUGGGGUUCAGAGGGUGAAACUGACCUUUGUUUCCCCAGAGAUACUUUAGAGAGUCUUCUCAUAUCUUCUGCCUGGCACAUUUUGCUUCCUGGGAGAAGUGUUGUCAGAGCUUUCUUCUUCCUUCUUCAGCUCUCCAGUAAGUCCUGUUAAAAUGAAUGAGGCUUAAAUCUCACUUAGAGAUGUCUUAAAGGACUUUCUUUCUCGCUACCCCCCCCCCAUUUUUUUUUUUUUUAAACUAGAGCUCUGCUCAGUUCUGGUUUAUGGUGUUGCUAGAGAUUGAACCUGGGACCACUGAUGCCUCAGGCAUGAAAGUCUUUUCACAUCAUCAUUAUGCUGUCUCCUCAGCCCAGGACAUCCUUUCUUUCCAAACUAAUCCUUCAGGGCUCAGGAGUCAGGGCAUGAGCUCAGAAACCCGUCUUCUGACAGUAUGUAUCUCUGGCUGGCCCAGUCUAAUGAAGAACUCACAGAAGCAGCAGCAGCAGGGACCAAGGUCAGGGAGACAGAAGAAAGUCCACAUCCAUAUGAGAGCACCAGGCUUUGAACUUGCUUCCCGGGAGGGGGGUUGCAAAGCUGAAUCUCCUUGGAGAGACCAGUGACUGUUGCCUUUGAUGUCCCCUUAGUUCCUGUGGCUUUAAAGCCAAUCUGCCACCUCAUCCUUUGAUUCUCGUUUUGAAUCUGAACUCUCGACUCUGCACACACCUAGGACCCUAUCAUCUGAUUCACCCCAUCAGUAGCAUUUACCCCUCUUGCUUUGAUCCUAUAGCCUCACCCCAUGGAAUGUAAAUACUGUAUCAUACAUAGAAGAGAUUUUUUUUUGUUCAGUUGUUUUCUAAAAAAUAUGCAUUUUAAGAUAGUUUCAUGUUGAUCUGACAGGAGCAUUCUGAAGCCCCAGUUAGGAAUAAAAUAAAAUAAAGUAACUAAAUGGUUCCUCUUCAUCGCCUUAACGUCUAAAGAUCAGAAAUUGCUGAGCAACCCAUAUGCACUUCCUUCCCAGAAACAAUGCCCAAGCAACUGUCGGAGCUGGUCUGCUCUGUGCCCUGCUGUGUGUGCCUACCUAGCUCCUCCAAAUGGACGGAUGGACAGAUGGGUGGGGGAAGACAGCCUUUCCCACUCCUCUCCCCCCUCUCCUUGUAGCUUUAUUCCUUGCAUCCUCUGGGUCUACUGAGCAGUGAGUGGGUGGUAAGGUGAUGGGGUAGGGGGAACUGCUGUCCUGGAAGCUGGGAUGAAAGUGUCCAGGGUCCCUCCCACCUCCUCCCUUGGGUAUGAUCCAUCAUGGCCUUGAUUUUUGCUGUCUCAAAGUUUCUUAUGACUUUGGCUUUCACAGACCAGCUCCUUCCAGAGUUAACUGCUAAGUCUCCCCCCCCCCCCCAGGAGGAAUGCCUUUCCCCUACCCCAGCCCCGCAAGAGUCAGCAGAAAGACAAGAGAGCCACAGCCUGGCUUUUGCACAAGGCACAGGAAUAGGUUAGGGAAUGGUCACUCACAAUUUUCCAAGAGCCUGGCCUUCUCAUUGGACACCUUGAUUCCUGGGAAAGGCAAGAGUUUUUCCAAAUAAUGCAGGUUCCUUUUAUAAGUCGGUCAUUCUUCCAGUUCUUCUCAGUGGAGCGCAUUGGUAAGGUGACACAAUAUGACUGUGACAGAGAGAACUGGUUGGUGGGACAGAGGCAGCUUGCUCAGGAGAAGGAAGUGUGCAAGUCCUUUUUCUUGGAAAGCUUUCACCAUGGCCAUGUGACAGUGACAUCGCCCUCACCAUGACCCUUCUCAGAUGUGGUAGUCCUUUGGUACCUUGUGUCUUCUCUUGUAAAAAAAAAAAAAAAAAAAAAAAGUGAAAAGGAGAAAAAGAAACUCAAUCAUAAAAUAUGUCAAAAAAAAGCUAAUAUGAAUUGUGUGACAUUGCAUAACGCUGUAACGCUAACCUACAAUAUGUAAUGCUAUCUUGUAUGUGGACUUUGUUAAUGCACCACACACGUGCAAAAAUAAAGACUGAUUCACAUUAAACAGG